AUGGGCCGCUCUUCGCCCGCGCUGCGGCGCCCAUCCGGCUAUCGGUCCCUCCCAGAUCCCCCCCAGCUGUUCUCCCCUCCGCACCUCGAAGCCAACACCGCAGCGGCCGGCAGCUGCCGCGUGCUGGGCGCCUUCCCGGUGGAGGAGACCCGCGUGGUGCUGGCGCUGGAUGGGGACCCUUUGGAGACGGAGGUGACGGCGACAGCGGAGGUGGUGACGGCCGUGGCUCAGAUCAACGCCCGCACCGUGGGGCACCGCGAGCUCAGCUGCACCGCCGCUGUGGGCGCAGCAGAACAGACAGCACGGGCGCUGAUCCACGUUUACCGAUUCCCAGCACCCACCCUGGAGCUGAGCCCGGUGCCUGCGGGUCUCCCGGUGUCGGUUUGGUGCCGCUCGGCGCCUGCCGACCCCCCCUCGGUGCGGCUGCAGCUGCGUGAUGCCGAUGGCGGGGUCCUGGCCGAGGGUCCCCAGCCGGCGCUGGAGCUGCGCGUGGUGCCCCAGCGGGAGGACGAUGGGCGCUGGUUUGGGUGCAGCGCCCGCCUGGCCCUGGGGGACGAUGUGGUGACCAAAGAAGCCGAGGGGAGGCUGACGGUGCUCUACCCCCCUGAGAUGGACUCUACCUCCUGCCCCACAUCCCUCACAUGGUUGGAGGGCACAAGGGAAACUCUCUCCUGUGGGGCCGCUGGUAACCCCACACCCAUCGUCACCUGCACCCACCGCGGUGACCCCCCCAGUACUGCUGGACCCAUCCUGGUCACCCGGUCCCACGCCGGGAUCUACCACUGCAACGCCACCAACAGCGUGGGGACACGGAGCCGCGUUGUCACCGUCCGUGUGGAGUAUGAGCCCUCGCUGUCGGAGCUCGGCUGCCCGGCGCACCGCACGUGGCUGGAAGGGCAGCGCCGGGAGCUGCCGUGCAGCGCCGAUGGGGACCCCGCACCCACCACGCACUGCGCCCGCCAUGGGGGACCCCCGGGGGAUGAGGAUGGCCGCACCGUCAGCCGCGGCGAUGCCGGGCGUUACGUCUGCACCGCCACCAACCGGCACGGGUCGGCGCGGCGCAGCGUCGACGUCACCGUCGAGUACCAACCCAGCAUUGGCGAUGCCGACUGCCCGGCGCAGCGGCUGUGGGUGGAGGGCACAGCGGCGGAGCUGGAAUGCAACGCCAGUGGGAAUCCCCCCCCCAGUGUAGCUUGCUCCAAACUGGGGGACCCCCACGCCCCCCCUGGCAGUGCCAAUGUCACCCGUGCCCACGCCGGCACCUACCAAUGCCAGGCCACCAACGUGCAUGGCACAGCACUGCAGAACGUCACCAUCACUGUGGAGUACAGUCCUGCAGCCCUCACCCUCCGCGUGCUGCCGUCCCCCAACGUGAGCCACGGCAGCAGCUUCAGCGUGGAGUGUGGCGCCGAGGGCGUCCCGACUCCCACCUUUGGGUGGGCGCUGCCCCCUGCCCCCAACCUGCGCUUCGGGGCCGACAACCGGUCGGUGGAGGUGGAGAACGCGGCGGCCGUCAAUCGCGGCCGCUACACCUGCAUGGCUGUCAACCGGCACGGCCGGCGCGUGGGCAGCGUGGUGGUGAGCGUGGAUGAGAGCCGGCUGUCCCUGCUGCUGUCCCUGUCCCUGCUGGGUUCUGUCACCGUGCUGGCAGUGGCCGCAUGGGGCAUUUAUUACAUGAAGACCACCGCCUGCAAGAAGGGAGAGUAUAACGUGCGUGAUGCUGAGGGCUCCUCUGAGGCCUCCCGCCUGCACCGGGGGGACAGUGGGGGACAACGGGAGCUGUUUGGGAUCCCUCUCACCCCCACCUGAGGAACCUCGGCACCCGGGACCCCCAGAGCACAUGGAGGUGGAGACAGUGUGAUGACACCUGGCCCGAGGGAUGGUGGUGGGGGUCGCCAUGCUGUGCCCGUGGGGGUGGUGGUGGCUGUCAUCAUAUUGUCCGCAAGAAGCUGUGUUGGUUGUCGUCGUAUGUCCCCAAGAAAUGGUGUUGGAUGUGCCCAAGAAACAGCGUUGGAUGUCACUGUGCUGUUGGAUGUCCUCAAUUAACAGUGUUGAAUGUCACCAUAUUGUCCCCAAAGAACAGUGUUGGAUGUCACAUAAACCGUCCUCAAGGAACAGACUUGGAUGUCACCAAACUGUCUCCAAGGAAUGGUGCUGGAUGUCACCAAAUGUCCCCAAGGAGCAAUGCUGGUGUCAUUGCUCCAUCCCCAUGGGUUGGUGUUGGAUUCAGCCCAAUUUGUGGCCAAUGCCGUUUUUUAACUGCUUUGCUUUGCAUUUUAUGGAGGUUAUUGGGAAGGGGGGGAAGGAGGCAAG